ACCGUGCGCUUGCGUGUAGCGCCGCCGGACCAUGCGAAGGUGAAGGCACCCUGCCACCAUGCUCGUGCCACCUGAAAUGAUGGCGGCCCAAUCCAAGCUAGUGUACCAGAUGAACAAGUACUACAACGAACGAGUCGCCAACAGGAAGGCACAAAUCGCCAAAACCAUCCACGAAGUAUGCAGGAUAGUCCAGGAUGUGCUAAAGGAAGUGGAGUUGCAAGAACCGAGGUUUAUAUCCUCAUUGACGGAUUACAAUGGCCGCUUCGACGGUCUGGAGGUCGUGUCGCCUCAUGAGUUUGAAAUCAUCAUCUAUCUUAACCAAAUGGGUGUGCUGAAUUUCGUCGACGACGGAUCUCUACCAGGCUGCGCCGUGUUGAAACUCAGCGACGGCAGAAAGCGAUCCAUGUCACUGUGGGUGGAAUUCAUUACGGCUUCAGGAUACCUAUCUGCGAGGAAAAUAAGGUCCCGAUUUCAAACGUUAGUCGCCCAAGCGUGUGACAAGUGCUCGUACCGGGAUUGUGUGAAGAUGAUCGCUGAAACUACAGAAGUGAAACUGCGUAUCCGGGAACGUUAUAUUGUGCAAAUCACGCCAGCUUUCAAAUGCGCAGGGCUAUGGCCUAGGUCCGCUGCGCACUGGCCUUUACCCACAAUUCCGUGGCCGCACCCCAACAUCGUGGCUGAAGUGAAAACGGAAGGUUUUGACUUGCUUUCGAAGGAGUGUUUAACGUUGCAAGGGAAGAAUUCUGCUAUGGAAGGAGACGCGUGGGUGCUAAGUUUCUUCGAGGCUGAGAACCGUUUACUCCAAGGCGGCUGCCGGAAAAAGUGCUUGAGUAUCCUCAAAACGAUCAGAGACAGACAUUUAGAUCUGCCCGGGAACCCGGUGACUUGUUAUCACAUGAAGACGCUGUUAUUGUAUGAGUGUGAGAAGCAUCCUCGAGAACACGAGUGGGACGAGGGCGCUAUAGGGGACCGGAUAAAUGGAAUAUUCCUUCAAUUGAUCUCUUCGCUUCAAUGCCGCAGGUGUCCACACUACUUCCUCCCCCACGUGGAUUUGUUCAAAGGAAAGUCUCCAACGGCUAUGGAAAACGCUGCAAAGCAAGUGUGGCGCUUGACGAGAGAAAUGCUCACAAAUUCGCGAGCUUUCGAAAAGCUGUGAACUCAGUAGAAGAUAGCUUGUGAAGUGAGUGAACUAGUGAUGUACCGCUAAGUUAAUCCCCAAGUCAUAUUAGUCGUUUAUUCGGAUUAGAUCAUGUGCGCUUCUAAUAAGAAAAGCGUGUGCGGUAGGUCUUUUAAAAGUGACUUUUUCGAAAUCAUACCUAGUUCGUGUCGAAUAUUCCAUAAGGAUCGGACAGACUGUAAGUAGACGUGAUAUGUACUACUAACACACUAGGUCCUUUCGUAUUAUUUGUGAUAUACUGUAAAUAGCUUACUUAUGUAAUUGUUGUACAAUUUUAGUGAUAUUUAUUUUGACGAAAAAAAAAAUUAAGCGAAAGUUCGUGUAUUUAUUUGACUGAAACUUUUAAAGUAGGUGUAUAAUCUAAAUAUAUUAUAAUAAUAAACAAUUUUCAAACCUA